AUGGCGAAGAAGGAUGCUGCCAAACAAGACAGCGCAGCAGACGGCGGAUUUCCAUUCAUCGUCUCGUGUGGCCCAAAAGCACCAAAAGAUGGAGCUGUCAGGACUCUGAUACGGAAGCAGGCGAUGAAAGACGUUGGCCUUGCGAGACGUAAACGAGGGAACUAUGGGCGUGUUAACAUGCGGCAACCUGUGGUCGUAGUCGAGGAAGAAGAGACCAACGACCGAAUCGAGUCAACGGUAGCAGACACAAGCUCCAAAUCCUCGAAUUCGUCCCCUUCGGGUAGCGACACGCCAAGCAGCAAGAAGCCUGCAUCGGAAAGCACAGCAGGCACCGAGUGGAGCGAGCAGUCGACUAAUCAAUUGGUCCUUACUCGACGGACCAGUAAUGAGUUGUACGAUUGGUCCCAGCUCCUGCCUUCUUUGAGCUGCGAUACCGCGUACGAACGCACGAGGGCCAAGUUUUGCGUGGAUAUCCCCCAGCUGUCCAUCCUCACAAGCUGGAGCGUUAGCCGAAGUGCGAUUCCUCUCCUAUCUGCCGAUCCACUGCGCCUCUUCACCCUCAUGGAGGAGCAGACGUGGUCGUUCCUGGAGUAUAUCCCGCAGAUGUACGAGUCGAACAAGUGCUUAGCCGCAGCUACCGACUGCGUCCUGGCCAAAGCUUCGGAGGUCCUCACGCCUUACCCUGCUAGUCCGGGACAAACUAUGAAGAUGUACGCGAAAGCUUUGAGAAUGCUGCAGGAUUCGAUAUCGGAUCCUUGUGCGUCGACGUCGGCGGAGGUGCUGGCGGCUACGCAGCUUAUGGCAUUGCAUGAGCUUCUUGACACUACUCGGAUAGCUGCGUGGACGUCUCAUAUAAAGGGGUCAAUGCGGCUCGUCAGACAUCGCAGUCCUGGUCGUUUCAAGUCAGAGUUUGAGAAGGCGCUUUUCACUGGGCAUAUCGGUCCUGUGACUUCGGAGUGUUUGAUCACUGACGAGCCAUGUUACUUGGAUCAGCCCGAGUGGCUCGAUCUAUAUACGUCUCUUGCUGAGGAAACGAACUACCUCACGGAUCGUACCCCGCUGGUCAUCAAUACCCGCAAGUUGAUGAUAAAGAUGCCUACCUUGUGGCACGACGUCGGGAAAGUGAUGGAUGGAGACGACCUGUUCAAUGACGAUGCCCUCGCCGAGCUGGAAGAUCGACUCCGUAAACUCCACCAGGAAUACUUGGACUGGCUGGAAGAGUACAAAUCGUACUGCGUGGCGUCAUCGCUACGAACACCCUUACCAUCCGAAGUCGGCCUACGACGCCAGAUAUUUGGGGAAACCAUCGAAUGUCUAGUCCUCGUAAAACGACUCCUCGCUAUCGUCUGCGAUCAGGAUCGCAUUCGGCUGGAAACCGAAGUCCAAGCUUUGGCUCGAUUGAUCAUCGACCUGCAACAGCAACAAUCACAUCGGCAUUCGUGGCUCUUCACAGGCCAUGAAGUCGGGGUGGCGCAUACGGCUAUGGUGACACGGGAACACUUCGAAGAGGAUCUCAGUCAUGAGAGUGUGGAAGUUCGGCGCCUGGCGAGUCGAAAACUCAACACGCUCUGGUCGGGGACGUUGAGGUCGACGGUGUGA